AUGCUCUCGAAGCAGAUGUCCCUAGAAGGUCGGUUACAUGAUGAACAUAGUGGUUGCCUUGGAUAUGGCUCAUUGCUGCUCAGUUACAUCAAAUCCUUAAACGAUCGUAUUCAAGAGCUUAGCUCUCAGCUUGCACUACAUCCGCAUGGUCUUUCAGGUAAUGGCGGGAACUCAUUUUUGGCUGCAGAGGGCACGUCUUUGAAUGUACUAAUGCCUGGACGGGGAAAAGACAUGUAUUCGGACUCGUCCCUCCCGCCGCUCAUCACGAGAAUCACAUUUGAAGUCCUUUCCCAGCCUGAUGUUGUGAAACACAAUCUUCAGGCCGAAAAUGGCGCCGAGCCUCCUCCAGAGCUUGCGUUCGGGGACCGAUCAAUCCUGACUCCUAGCAUUAUUCGCUUUCUUCUUGGACGUUAUGAUCAGUGCAUCAGACCUUGCUAUGAUAUCAUACCCUCGGAUAUCUUGCGACAUGAUGGCAUGAAUCUCAAUAAAUUACCGGACCCAACAAAGUUCUAUAUCUUGAUAGCAUGCGCCGUCGCUGCUGCUCGUGAGAGCUACAAGGCGCCGCAGUGGAAGACAUGUGCACUGGUCUGUCGGGAUUGGGUAAAUGAGUUUGUGACGCCCCUUAUAUCGCCAGCAGAUGGGGAAACACUGGCGACUGUCCUGCUAUUGUUGAUAUUUGAAUUAGCAGAUCCGAGCCGAGGAGCCAUGUGGGAGCUGCUUGAUCUCGCUACACGGACUUGCCUCCAGCUAGGCUGGCACCGGAGACCCCAAAUUUUGAGCGAACAAAGCUCUCCAAUCUCUUCUACAAAUUCUUGCAAACAAAAUGGCUCUUUGAACUGCAUGGAGGCUCGUCUCAUGUCUGCACUGAGAGAUAUUCAGAAGUAUGGCAAGAAUUGA